AUGUUAGCUAACUGCGAGAAAAUGGUUACCUUCCCUCCACCAACUACUAACCAAUGGCCCCAGAAUCAAAUACAUGAUGGUAAGAUAAUGGAAAAACAAGGUCAAGAGCUUCUGCAACAGCAUCAUCAGCAGCAGCAACAAGCACUCAAGUGUCCUCGUUGUGAUUCAUCAAACACAAAAUUCUGUUACUACAACAACUACAGUUUGUCACAACCAAGACACUUCUGCAAAGCCUGUAAACGUUAUUGGACAAGAGGUGGCACUCUUAGGAAUGUUCCCGUUGGUGGUGGCUACAGAAGAAACAACAAACGUAGUAGUAAUGGUCCUUCUACUACUACUCUCAUCAAAAGACCAAUCUCCACCAUUGAAAUCGCUACUAAUUCUACCUCUUCAACUCCUAGUUCAACCUCAAAUCAAAUGAACCCUAUGGUUUAUGGAUUAUCUAGUACUAAUAACCCUUGUCAUGAUGUGAAUCUUCCAUUUUCAAGGUUCAAUAUUAACUCUAGGCUCUCAACAAGUUCGGGUUAUGAUCCUCAGCCUCAGAUGAAUUUCAUAGGGUUAGGUUUUUCAUCUGGAUUUGAUAAUAAUGGUUAUACAAACGGGUUUAAUACUUCAAAUAAUAACUAUGAUUCAAUCUUUGGUUCUUCAACUUCUGCAUCAAAUAAUACAUCAGUCAUGCCUUCUGUGUUGAGCUCUACUCUACUGCAACAUAAAUUCUUCGACGACGGUUUGAAAUAUGGUUCAGAUGCAGGUAGCAACAGUGGUUUCCAAGAUUUGGAAUUUGGCUCAAAAAUGCAAAACCAGAUGGAACUUAUGGGUGGUUUUUAUGAUCCUGCUUCUUCACUUUACUUGAAUACAACAUCAUCAUCAGGUAUUGGUGUUUGGAAUGAUCAAGGUGCAAAUACUAUUGGUUCAUCAGUCACUUCUCUGAUCUAA